GGGGCGCGGGGGGAGGGGCCCCCCUACUUUGGCGGAAAGUGAGUGAUGAGUCUGUGUCCCCAGCAAAGAGGCAAAGAACUUGCUUUGCAGACUGAGUAGUUGUUUCUUUCGAUUGUUGUUGUCGCUUUUUUUUUUCUUAUAUUAUUGUUACUGCCAUUCCUUUUUCCUUUUUUUUUUUUUUAAUUUUUUUUCCUGGCCUUUCUUUCUUUACUUCUUUUUUUAAAUUUUUUUUAAUUCCUUUUUUUUUUCCGUGGAGGGAGGGGUGGCUGCCUGGCUGGCUGGCGGGUCGGUUGCAAAAAGCGAGAGAGCAAAAAAAAAAAAAAAAAAAAGGCCAAAAAAAAAAAGAAAAGAAAGGGAGGAAAAAAAAAAGAAAAAAAAAGCAAGCCAAACAAAACCAAACCAAAAACCAAACCAAACAAACAAACAAAAAAACUUCAUUCGGAUCUGAAAGUGGCAGGAAAGUGCCUGGCAAGUUGCAGGGAUGGAGCUACACAGCUUGCAAGAGGCGUUAAAAGUGGAAAUCCAAUGUCAUCAGAAACUAGUUGCACAGAUGAAGCAAGAUCCACAGAACGGGGAUCUUAAGAAACAAAUCCAUGAAAGGCAAUCAAGAAUAGCAGCUCUUAAUGAGAAACAAAAGCUGGCGGUGCGGAGCUGCCCCGCGGCCGUGCUGGUGGGCAGCGGCGCCAGCGGCAGCGCCAAGCCCGGCGGCGUCCCGGCGCUCCUCAAGGCACCCGGCGGCGGCGGCGGCGGCGGCGGCGGCGGCGGCGGCGGCGGCGGCGGGAGCCCCAGCGGCAGCCCCGGGCAGAGCCUGGCCAUCUCCGUCCUGCCGGCCAAGGCUCCCAUCGCGAUGGUGACGGCGCACCUCAACGGCGGGCUGGGCUGCAGCGCGGCGGGCGUGGAGCCCCCGCAGAGCGCCCCCAUCAACCUGCAGACCACGGCCAAGCUGGUGGGCGCCCGCCGGCCGCCCGAGCUCGGCUCCAACGCCCAGACUUUGGGAACUAUCACUGCAGUGCCCAUUAAGGUUCCUCAGGUCAGCUCCUUGCAGAGGUUGGCAGGACAAGGACCAGCAGUGCUACCUCAGGUUAGGCCAAAGACCCUGAUUCCAGACAGCCUCCCUAUCUCCCCGUGCAGAGACCAACCUUCCAAGCAGCCUCCUACCUUCCAGAAAGCAACUGUAGUCAGCAUCAAAAACCCCAGCCCUGCCCUCCCGACUGCCAAUAACACCGUCAGCCAUGUACAGACGCCUAACAGCCAGUCACAAAGUGUCACCGAGUCUACAGCUAUUUCAUCACCUCUGAGCAGUGCAGGUGUGGCGUACGCCAUCAUUUCCACCUCCCCCAACAAUGCAACUCCUAUCAGCACCAGCGCAACUGUCUCUGUGGUCAAUGAUAGCAUUAAAGUGCAACCACUCCUCAUUAGUGCCGACAGCAAGGUUAUCAUUAUUCAGCCUCAAGUCCAAACCCAGACAGAAAGUAAAGUGGAGACAAAGAAACCUCCUGAAGAGUCAGCUCAGGGACCCCCUGCUACCAAAAAGAAAAAGGAGGAAAAUCCGGAGAAAAUUGCCUUCAUGGUAGCAUUAGGACUGGUUACAACAGAACAUUUGGAAGAAAUCCAGAGCAAGCGUCAGGAAAGAAAGAGAAGAAGCACAGCAAAUCCAGCCUACAGUGGACUCUUGGAAACAGAGCGGAAACGCCUUGCAUCAAAUUAUUUGAAUAACCCCUUGUUCCUUUCAACAAGAGCAAAUGAGGAUCCAUUCUGGAAGAAUGAGAUCCACCACGAUGAACACUGCACUGCUUGCAAGCGUGGCGUUAACUUGCAGCCCUGUGGCACAUGUCCCAGAGCAUAUCACCUCAACUGCUUGGACCCGCCCCUCAAAACUGCCCCCAAGGGGGUUUGGGUCUGUCCAAAGUGCCAACAGAAGGUGUUAAAGAAAGAUGACAAUGUGCCAUGGACUGGAACUCUGGCUAUUGUCCACUCCUAUGUUACUCAUAAAACAGUCAAAGAAGAAGAGAAGCGAAAGUUAUUAAAGAGAAGCAGUGAGCUGAAGAGUGAGCAGAGACAGUUAGAAGAAAAAGAACGACUUCUCAACAAUGCAGUGAAGAAAUGCUUAGAGCUAAAAACGAGCCUGUUGGCCCAGCAGAAAGGGACUCAGUCAUCACUGGAACGUCUCAAAACCCUCAUUAGACUGAUACAAAAUGAGCAGAUGAUUCAGGUUACCAUGACGACCACCACCACCUCCUCCCUGCUAACUGUCCCCUGGAUCAAACCCUCCUCUGCCUCUGCUGCCAUGCACAAAGCCUUGCAGCAAUCACAGGGUAACAACUGACAGAGCCGGCUGCGAGAGCGCGAAGGAAGGGGGGAAAAAAACUUUAUACACGUGUGCAGAGGAGAGAUUAAACUGAAACAAAGGAGAGAAGGAACAAUCUCAGUUUUGAUACACGUAGAAACUUGCAAACCAAUCAGUCCAGUUUGUAGGUCACUGUGGCAGCAGGUUCCCACGGAGCGGGUUGUGCUGCGGUUUUGUAUUUGCCGAGACCUUCAGUGCUUAUGAGAUUUUUUUGUUAUGUUGGCCUUAAUGUAUUUACGACUAAGGAUGAGGAGGAAAAGUAUGGCCGAUAGGAAGCGCGAGAUCCUUCUGGGGGGGCAGACAGGUUUCCAGUUCUGCUUUAAGGGGAAAAUUUUCAAUGCAAAGAGUUAGUGAGCUAGUAGAGAAGUAGUUGGGCUGAAAGCUAUUUGUGGGAGGGAGGUCGGUGAGAUAACCAGAAACUGAACUACUUAGGACUCGACAUGGAUUCUUAUCAGAGGAACAAAGUUGGCCCCGUUGAUUCAGGUGACCUGGAGAUGGGGCCGUUUUGACCAGAAUGGCGUCACAGACACUCACAGAGCCUUCGAAACAAAAGAUCCUUUUUUUCAGUAUUAUUAGAGUUGAGAAUUGCAGAUAUUUAAAUGAAGAAACUGUAUGAAGUUAGCGUUUCUAGUAAAAUAUUGAAGUAUUUUCAUGCUGAUGCUUCUGUAUAUGCGUUCCGAAGUAUUUAAAAAAGUAUGACUGUAAAACUCCUUACUUUUUUGCAGGUCCUUUUUACUUAUUUUGCUAUCGGUGUAUUUUUCUCAUGGAGUUUUUGUGCAAGAUUUAGCAUAAACCAUAAUAGUGGAUAUCUUUGGCAGGUUGGGUUUCAUUUUUUAAAGAGAUUAUUUUGGGGGGGGGUUAUUUUUUGUUAAUUUUUUUUUUUUAAAGAAAAAAAAGCAAAUAAAUAUUCCGUUUUUUCUUUCUUGCCAGUACAGAUAAUAUGCCAAAAAGAUAACUUUACAUUUUUGUACUGCAUUUUUAUUGUUAAAAUAUGUAAUGUGAUUUUUUUUAAUUAUUAAUUUUUUUUUAUUUUUUGCUUGCAGAAAUAUCUGCUGAAAUGGUACAGGAAAAAAAAAAACAACUGCCUCAAGGGGUUGUUUCUCAUACUGGAUAAUAUCAAGAGUUCUGGGGGAGGGACAGGCCAUGGAAAACUUUAAGGGUUUGUUGGGGUUUUUUUGGAAACUUGAUUCCUUUUUAAGAUUUCGUUGGAUUUUAGCACAUUUGGGAAGUGUUUUGCAUUAGCCUGAGAAAAUCCCAGUGCGCCUGCUUGUUUCACUAGCUAGUCUUCCUGAUACUGCAAGGGUCCACCUGGCCCCCUGUAGGCCACAGGCCCCCCCAUCACCCUGCGGCCUGCCUGGGAAGGUAGUGAUGGGCACCCCAGUUUUUCUCAACGUCACGCACACACCAGAUGCCAUUGUCUCUGUCAUUAAUGAGUUCUCCGUCAAUUAGCACAACAGGUACUUAAGGAAAGCAAGAAGCCACCAGAGCACGACACAAGGCUAGUCUCUCACAUCAGCAUAUCACAUGGUGCCGAAUAUCUUUUUUUUUUUAAAUAAAAAAAAAAAACCAUGAGGGACUGGCUUUUUCCAUCGCCCAUCACUAGGCAGCACAUGGUCCCUUCAGCCAUUUUCACAACUCCGGGAGAAACUGUGCAGUACUAUACAAAUCUAUUUUAAUACACAACACUCGGUUGAACAAAAUUUUUAUAUUCUUUUAUUGAUGAACAAAGUGAACUAAGUAAAACACAAUUGUUAUACAUUGGUUAUUGUAUGCCAAUUAUGCAUUCUAACGUGGCUUGCAAUGUAAAUGUUUUCAGGUUUAAUGAUUUUUUUUCCUUCUCAGACAAAUUAAAAAAAGGAAAAGCGUGGAAGGUUGAAUAUGUGAAGAAUUUCUGAAGAAGUGUCUUGGACUGUUAAAAGUAGUUAUUUUGAAAAGGGGACUGUCCAGUGGAUAGUGUGCAUAGAAAAAAAAAAAGUGUUUGUCUUAAAUAUGCCAAUGUAGUUUUACUUCUUUAUGAUGCAUUAAACUUGAUUGACA